CAUCAAGCUUGAUAAUAGCGGAAGUGAUUGACUACACUGGAGAAUACGGAAAUAACUGCUGGGCCAGAAUCAUAUUAAUAAAGGAUUUAUAUCGAGUCGCCACCUGUGUAAGCCAGUAACCCUGACCACAAUGUCUAGGCAAUCCAACCGAACAACAGACAGCAAGAAGAUGAAUUCUGAGCUGUUCACACUGACCUAUGGGGCCCUGGUCACUCAGCUUUGUAAAGACUACGAGAAUGACGAGGAAGUCAAUAAACAACUGGACAAGAUGGGUUAUAACAUCGGAGUGCGUCUUAUUGAGGACUUCCUGGCACGCUCCAGUAUCGGCAGGUGUCAGGACUUCCGAGAAACAGCCGAUGUCAUUGCUAAGGUUGCAUUCAAGAUGUAUCUGGGCGUCACCCCCAGUGUGACCAACUGGAGCCCGGCAGGAGAUGAAUUCUCCCUCAUCUUAGAGAAUAACCCGUUGGUAGACUUUGUGGAGCUACCUGAUAACCACAACACGCUGAUCUACUCCAACCUGCUGUGUGGCGUCCUCAGAGGAGCCCUGGAGAUGGUCCAGAUGGCGGUGGAUGUGAGAUUUGUCCAGGACACCCUGAGAGGGGACAAUGUUACAGAAAUCCGCAUGAAGUUCAUCAAGAGGAUCGAAGAAAAUCUCCCAGCAGGAGAUGAGUAAUGGAAAUGAAGGAGAAGUUAUCCAAGGAAGAACCUUCACUUACAGACGGGAUGGAUUAACAAAACCUUAAACAUCAAGCUGAGUGGUACACCUUAAUAGUUCUUUUCCUUUUCCCAAAAUUUUUUUGAGUGAACUAUGCACUGUGAGAGUUUCUCCCUAAUGACAUCUGGCAGUGUAGAGGGUAAAAGAAUGGUCCGAACCAUUUAUGUCGCCAUCCAACAUGGAAAAUCUGGUUUUCCUAAAUUGACGUGAAAACUGAUAUCCUGUUUCUUGAAAGGGGUGCACAUAAGAUUUACCAUGUGUAGGCUGUUAUCUUUUUUUUGUGCAGGAAAGUCUUUGUCUUUAAAUAAAUCACACUAUAUUGCUGCCAAUUGUAUUUAAUUGUAAUAAAUGCAACAUAUGUGAUGUGA